CCGCAGCCCUGCCCAGCCUAUUCUUUCUCCUGACGUCCUUCCUUGAUGCCAGUGUCACACGCUGCUGGGGAUGAACAUUUUACAGCCACAGUACAGUUUUUAUGUCUGGGAGCAUUGACAUACCCUGCCUCUUCGAAAAGGAUAUUGUUUAGUGGUCUUUGUUGGGACGGGAGUGUGCUCGAGAUAGGCUUAAUAGUUUGGAUUUCGUAUUGUACCCGCUAAUGUUUAUUUAUUAAUAUAUUGUUUUCCUGGAAAUGUACACAGAUGACUCUUUGAAGGGGACACUGCGUCCGUGGGAGUGGUUUAUUUUCUCUGGACAAGCCAGACUCAUUGAAAAAAUGAGUCGGUUUUCCUCAGUUUGAUGCUGCGGUAGCUAAUUUUUUUUCUUCCUCUCUUCUGCUUUUGUUUUCUUUCUGUCUGUCUCGUGAUAUACAGUCGUUGUCGGUUGAUCCUUGAGGAUUCAACGUACAUUUCUGCAAACCAGACGCUGUAUAUGGACAUGGUAUGAGUGAGACGUUUUCGUCUAGCUAAGGACAAAAUGAUCUAUUGUUCCGGCUAGCCAAACUACCACAGACAUGAGCAUCAUAUAGGCUUCUUAUCUUUGUUCUCAUCCCACCAGUAUUGCGCAAACCAUCCAGUAACGUUAAACUUAACCGAAAAUGAGGAUUGUUUAAGGGAAGCGCUGUACUGGUGGUCGGAGAGGGCAGCGAUAGCCUCGCGAUACUGGCUCGGCUGCGGACUGUUUCUCCUGCCUGUGCUGAUUCAAUUAGCAACUGUACACGGACCGCUGAAAUAAACCCAGCGUUGCUGUAGGCUGAAGCUCCAGGGACGAUGUCCUCACGCGCAACGCUGCAGCCGGGGAACGAAAGGAAUGUAGACCACCAUGCCUCUCUCUCAGCCAGUCGUUCAGAGAAGGGCUCGGGAUGGUCGAGUCGCUCACUCGGAGCCCGUUGCCGGAAUUCCAUCGCCUCCUGUUCGGACGAACAGCCUCACAUUGGCAACUACCGGCUGCUUAAGACCAUCGGCAAGGGCAAUUUCGCCAAAGUGAAGUUGGCGCGCCAUAUUUUGACCGGCAGGGAGGUUGCAAUAAAAAUCAUUGACAAAACCCAACUCAACCCUACAAGCCUACAGAAGCUCUUUCGAGAGGUACGGAUCAUGAAGGGCCUCAACCACCCAAACAUAGUUCAGCUCUUUGAAGUGAUCGAGACGGAGAAGACGCUUUACCUUGUAAUGGAGUACGCCAGUGGUGGUGAAGUGUUCGACUACCUCGUAUCCCAUGGGAGAAUGAAGGAAAAAGAGGCGCGUGCUAAAUUUCGACAGAUCGUGUCUGCGGUUCAUUACUGUCAUCAGAAGAACAUUGUUCACAGGGACCUGAAGGCGGAAAACCUUCUGCUUGAUGCAGACUCCAACAUCAAGAUCGCUGACUUUGGCUUCAGUAAUGAAUUUACGCUGGGCAGUAAAUUGGACACGUUCUGCGGCAGCCCCCCAUAUGCCGCCCCAGAGCUCUUUCAGGGGAAGAAGUAUGACGGGCCAGAGGUGGACAUCUGGAGUCUGGGAGUUAUACUGUACACACUGGUCAGCGGAUCACUGCCCUUUGAUGGACAAAACCUCAAGGAGCUGCGUGAGCGUGUGUUGAGGGGGAAAUACCGUGUGCCAUUCUACAUGUCUACUGACUGUGAGAGCAUCCUGCGCCGCUUCCUCGUGCUGAACCCCACCAAGCGCUGCACCCUGGAGCAAAUCAUGAAGGAUAAGUGGAUGAAUGUCGGGUACGAAAACGACGAGCUGAAGCCUCAUGUAGAGCCUGUGGAGGAUUAUAACGACAGCAGCCGUAUAGAUGUGAUGGUAGGAAUGGGCUACUCCCGUGAUGAAAUCAAAGACGCCCUGAGCACACAUAAGUACAAUGAGAUAUUUGCCACGUAUCUGCUGCUAGGCCGCAAGAACGAGGAUGGCAUGGAGUCCCGGUCGAGCAGCAGUCUGUCUCUAGCACGGGUGCGGCCCAGCCCCAUUACGAAUGGCACCAGCAAACACUCGUCCACCUCCUCCGCCAGCUCCACCUCUGCCUCCAGUCACACUAAACCCCAGCGCAGUGCCUCCACCUACCACCGCCAGAGGAGGCACAGUGACUUCUGUGGGCCAUCAGUGCCAGUAACCCACCCCAAGCGCAGCCCCACCAGUACAGGAGAAGGGGAUCUAAAAGAGGAGCGUCUGCCCUCAAGGAAGGCCAGCUGCAGUGUUGUGGGCAGUCGUAGCAUCCCCCCGUCCAGCCCUAUGGUCAGCACAGCCAACAACCCCAACAAAGCGGAGAUCCCUGACCGCCGCAAAGACAUCAAUGCAACAACGAACAACAUCCCUGCCAGUGCCAUGACCCGUAGAAACACUUACGUGUGUACGGACCGUACGAGCACCGACAGACACUCCUUACUACAAAAUGGGAAAGAGAACAGCACGUUGUCGCAUCGAUUACCUCCAGCCUCCCCGUCCACCCACAGCAUCUCUGGGGCCGGGGCCUCCAGUUCCACCUCUUCCGAACGUUCUCGGUUGACAAGGGGCUCCACUAUCCGCAGCACCUUCCACGGAGGCCAGCUCCGGGACCACCGGCCUCCCACCCAUGCACCCCCCACCUCACCCACCCUCUCCCACGAAGCCAGCCCUCUGCCACACUCCCGUAGCCGUGCCACCACAAACCUGUUCACUAAGCUGACCUCAAAACUUACCCGCAGGGUCACAGACGAACCUGAGAGAGUCUGCAGAUCUCCGGUCACAAGUCGCUAUCUAUCUGGGUAUCAAAAAGCGACAGAGCCCCGGACCCCCCCCGAUGGCUGGGAUGUGAGGGUGCGGAGCCCGCGGGACCCGGCCGAGGUGGUUCUGGCUCUGCGGGAGGCGGCGCAGGGCUGCGGUUGCCAGGUCCACCAGGCCGGGCCCUUCCUCCUCUCCUGCACCCACGGAGCCGCCGGCUCCCGCGUUGCCUUCGAAGCGGAGGUGUGCCAGCUGCCCAACGGCCCCGCCGAGACCAGCGGUGUUCGAUUCAAGCGCCUGUGGGGGGCGCCGCUUGCCUUUCGGGACAUCGCCACCAAAGUGUCCAAAGAACUGGAACUCUGAGGGCAACAGGGGGUGGAGGGCAGGGACAAAAGCAAGGGACAGAAAGAUACAAUGAGUGGACGUAGCCCUGCCCACACCCCCGCCCCCUCUAAGCCUACAAAGACUGGCACACAUACAUUGAGAACUGGGCACCCGCUCACACAAAAGCCCUGCUGAAGGAACUCCCUUUACCAGGCCUGAUUUUACCUGGUAGCCAUGUUGUUUUUUAACACCCAUUUUUGGUCACGUGUUCACUCUGUACAUUGUCAUUCCUUUUUAACUGCUGCUAUUUAACUCAUUUUUUGAUUUCAAUUCUUCCGGCGAGAGGAGUAUGUUUUAUUUUACCCUCGUUUAAAUAACCACAUUCACAAAAAAACGUGUGAAAGCCACACCAUUUCGAACCGUAGACAACAUGCAGAGCCGCUGACAAUGCAAAUGUGCUGAAAGUGAUAGCAUUUUCUCCUCAGUUUUUAAAAAUCUUGUUGGUUGUCUAACUUGCCAUUGAUGCAGGUUGAGUAGGUGAUGUCUGCUUUCCUGAGCCUCCUUGUUUUUAGAUUCGUCAUAUUACAUGGUCACACCGUAGCACUUUAGGGCUGAGUGAGCAACAUCACCUGUUUAAAAGCAGUUCUCCCUUCAAAUGGUGCAAUUUAUCCCGUUGAGCCAAGUUGAGACACAAUGCUCUUUGUGUUGCUAUUGUAUGUUACGCUGAUGAGAAACCUCUGUUAUCUUGCCAGAAGUGCACUCUGCUGAAUGGCCACAAAAAGACUGUUGACUUUGUUUAUCUCUGAUUUGACGUAGUAAGUCCUCAUCGUCAAGAUUGGAUUAUGUCUGAGCUGUGCAAUGUGAGAAAAUGCAAGAAUGAUUAAUACAACAUUUGUCUGAAAUCCA